GUAAGGUCCCUUAGGAUUUCCUGAACGUACAUAAUGUCAAAAUUAAACGUCAUCGAAUUUUCUUUUUCCAUUUUGAAAAAAAUUUACUGAUGAUAAACAAAAACAAGUUGGAAUUACCAAAACCAGCCAAUUUUAGCACUACCUGUUAGGUCAAAGAUUUUAUGUCUUUAAUAAAUGUUAAGAUUGGAGAAAUAAGAUAUAUACACAGUAUAAGUAAUUAUGAUAGCCGGUGGUCAUGGAGAUCCUAAUCCCAACAGGUCUUGGUUGGGUGCAAGAGGGAUGUGGCUAGCCUACCUCCUCGGUGUACUAUCUCUUCAUUUGAUAUUUCUUUCAGUGCCAUUGUUAAGCAUUUCAAUGGCCUGGACAUUUACCAAUAUUCUCCAUAAUGCCGCACACCUAUAUUUUUUACACAUCAUAAAAGGCGCCCCUUGGAUAAGCACGGAAAGUGACUGUGCUUCUCAACUUACGCAUUGGGAACAAAUUGAUGACGGCGAGCAAUUCACUGCAACUCGCAAAUUUCUUACAGCUGUUCCCAUAAUUUUAUUCCUUCUUACGUGCCUUUAUACUAGAAACAACACUGAACAUUUCAUUGCCAAUUUCAUAUCGCUGAUUGUCAUAGUUCUGCCUAAGCUCCCACAAUUCCAUGGAGUGCGUUUGUUUAACAUAAACAAGUACUAAACACCGUCGAUCAUUGUAUAUUACUCUGAAUAAAGAAGCAGUUUAUGUUUGUAUUAUAAUUUAUAAAAUGUAA